AUGAAUGGCUGGGACAGUUCUAACUCGGACGAAGAUCUUGUGCCUUACAUCCGACACAAAGAUGAACUAUCUGUGCAACAAGGAGUUCUAACAUGGGGCACUCGCACCGUCAUUCCCGCGAAAGUCGUACAGUCAAUUCUUGACGAGCUUCACCGUGGUCACAUGGGAAUCGUUAAAAUGAAAGCUUUGGCACGAUCCUACGUAUGGUGGCUGAACAUCGAUCGUGACAUCGAAGCUGUUGCAAAGAAUUGCGAAGGUUGUCUGAAGAACCAAAACGAGCCACCUAAGGCUCCAUAUCAUCCGUGGGAAAUUCCUAACGGACCAUGGAAACGAGUCCAUUUGGACUUCGCCAGGCCAUUCCAAGACAAAAUGUUCCUAGUAGUUGUGGACGCCUUCUCCAAAUGGCCUGAAGUAAUCGUCAUGAGCUCUACUACUGCUUCUCACACUGUAGAUGUCCUACGGACGAUCUUUGCCAGAAACGGCAUACCCGAACGUAUCGUCACUGACAAUGGACCACAGUUCACAUCAAGCGUGUUCAUGGAGUUCAUGAGGAACAAUGGAAUUCAACAUUCCUUGACAGCACCAUACCACCCAGCAACCAAUGGACUUGCUGAGCGUUUUGUCCAGACACUCAAAUCAAGCCUGAAAUCUAUGCAGGGGGAAGGGAGUAUCCAUGAGAAUCUCGCAAAGUUCCUUAUAGCAUAUCGCACUUGCCCCCGCACAACGACUGGAGAAACUUCAUCUAAACUCUUCCUGGGACGCGAAAUUCGCACCCGCCUGUCACUUAUCAGGACAAGUGUUCAAGACAGUAUACGAGACAAGCAAGAUAAAUUGUUCGAGAGGAACCAUGGAAGAGAACGUUACUUUGAACCGGGACAACAUGUUUCUGUUCGUGACUUCAGAGGAACUGAUAAGUGGACCACUGGUCUUGUCCUCAGACGCCACGGACCAUUGUCCUAUGAAGUAAAGUUUGGCGACAAAAUCUGGCGCCGGCACAUCGACCAGCUGAAACCGGGUGCCUGCGAACGCCAAAACGCUCGAGAAGAAAACCGCAGACCAACUUCAAAUGACUCUGUUGUUCCAGAGCCCAUGGUAGUGGAUCGACCACACCAACCACAAGCAGAAGUUACUCCUCCGAGCGAGUUGCACACGACUCCUGAGAAUGUGCACGCUCCGAAUACAUCAGUCCCUGAUCUAGGAAAUGGGAAUGCACAAGUCGCAAAGACGCCCCGUCCCCAACGAAAAAGAAGACCUCCGGAAAGGCUGAUUGUGGGACUGGACUAA